AUGGGUAAACAGAACAGCAAGCUACGGCCAGAGAUGCUGCAGGACCUCCGGGAGAAUACCGAGUUCUCCGACCACGAGUUGCAGGAGUGGUACAAGGGUUUCUUGAAGGACUGCCCCAGCGGAACCCUGAAUGUUGAGGAGUUCAAAAAGAUUUAUGCCAAUUUCUUCCCCUACGGUGACGCCUCCAAGUUCGCUGAGCACGUCUUCCGAACCUUUGACACCAACGCUGACGGGACGAUAGACUUUCGGGAGUUCAUCAUCGCCCUGAGCGUGACGUCACGGGGCAAGUUGGAGCAGAAGCUGAAAUGGGCCUUCAGCAUGUACGACCUGGACGGAAACGGGUACAUCAGCCGCCAAGAGAUGCUGGAGAUUGUACAGGCCAUCUACAAGAUGGUGUCAUCUGUGAUGAAGAUGCCAGAGGAUGAAUCCACGCCAGAGAAGAGGACGGAUAAGAUCUUCAGACAAAUGGACCUCAAUAAUGAUGGCAAACUGUCCCUGGAGGAGUUUAUCAAAGGUGCCAAAAGCGACCCCUCCAUCGUGCGGCUACUCCAGUGCGACCCCAGCUCGGCCUCCCAGUUCUGA